AUGUUUGCUUCAUUUCUAAUAAUGCAUUACAACCUUGGUGCAGAACAAUUCCUAUUCUCACAACUUACAAAAGAUUCAUCUGAAUUCAAUUUCUGGAUUCCAGGGGAAGUUGCAGAACAUUUUCUUGAAAGAGCUAAAAACCCAUGCAAGAUUUCUCAAGAAUUGUUUAAUAAAUAUGUCACUGCAUCACCAGGAUAUAGAUAUCAUAUCAGGAAAGCCAUUUUUUAUUCCUAUAUGGGACUCAAUUAUGAAACUGAUCGCAAGAAUAAAAAGCAAAUGGAACAACUCGAAGCAUUCAAUCAAGCAGUUGCCAUGGUUGUUGCCAGACACAUGACGGUAAUCGAUACCUUGGGUCAUAAGUUUGCAUACAUAACGGAUAUUAAUGACGUGAAGAUGGUCGAAGGAUGGAAAGAUUUAUUCGACAUUAUGGGUUCCGACUACAGCCAUUUUAGAAAAGGAAAAUUUCAUAAACUCGGGGAAAUACUUACUUCUAUGUAUGGGUGCCUCAACAGCGAAAUAAGAGACGGAAAAUAUCCUGAUACAGGACUUCAAAUACCAUCACCCCAAGAGUUCCUUGAUUUCAUGAAUAAUGAAAAAACCGAGCAAAAGCCACCUGAUGAAGAUACUUUAUAA